AUGGCUACCCAUAGCGACUAUUCUGACGAUGAUUCCCAACCGGGCUCCCCGGUACUGGGCAAUGCCAACAACGCGGACGAUAUCGAGGACCAGGAAGCCCUCGAUCAAGACAAUGAGCAUGACAGUCAGUCUCUCAAAUCAGCCUUGAAGACGCGAACUUCAUUGCCUCCGAUGGUUUCGGAGAAGAAACCUGAGCUUCCAGAACAGCCGGAUCCGCAGACUCUGGACCUGUCCACCCUAACGCCACUGACACCAGAAAUCAUUGCACGGCAAGCGACGAUCAACAUUGGCACCAUUGGACACGUCGCACACGGCAAAUCGACGGUGGUGAAGGCUAUCUCUGGUGUACAAACGGUCAGAUUCAAGAAUGAACAGGAGAGAAAUAUCACCAUCAAGCUGGGUUAUGCCAAUGCCAAGGUCUACAAAUGUGACAAUGAAGAGUGUCCCCGCCCUGGUUGCUAUAGGAGUUUCAAGAGUGAGAAAGAGGUAGACCCUCCAUGCGCAAGAGAUGGAUGCACAGGCAGAUAUCGUCUUCUCAGACAUGUUUCCUUUGUCGAUUGCCCCGGACACGACAUCCUCAUGAGCACUAUGCUUUCAGGAGCAGCUGUCAUGGACGCAGCACUCCUCCUAAUUGCUGGCAACGAAACCUGUCCUCAACCACAAACAUCGGAACAUCUGGCUGCAAUUGAAAUCAUGAAACUGAACCGCAUCAUCAUUCUCCAAAACAAAGUCGACCUCAUGCGCGAAGACGGUGCCCUACAACACUACCAGUCGAUACUAAAAUUCAUCCGCGGCACCGUCGCGGACGGAUCGCCUAUCAUCCCCAUCUCAGCCCAGUUGAAAUACAACAUCGAUGCCGUCAACGAGUAUCUCGUGUCGCACAUCCCCGUGCCAGUCCGUGACUUCCAAGCGGCCCCGCACAUGAUCAUCAUCCGAUCGUUCGACGUCAACAAGCCCGGCGCGGAGAUCGAGGACCUCCGAGGUGGCGUCGCGGGUGGCAGUAUCCUUACUGGUGUGCUCAAACUAGGUGAUGAGAUCGAAAUCCGGCCGGGGAUCGUCACCAAAGACGAACAGGGCAAGAUCCAAUGCCGACCCAUCUUUAGCCGCGUCAUCUCUCUCCUCGCCGAGCAGAAUGAUCUGAAAUUCGCCGUGCCCGGCGGCCUCAUCGGUGUCGGAACCCGUGUCGAUCCAACGCUCUGCCGGGCUGAUCGUCUACUAGGUUUCGUCCUGGGCCAUCGCGGCCGUCUGCCAGCCAUCUACACGGAAAUCGAAGUUAACUACUUCCUCCUCAGACGAUUGCUGGGUGUCAAGACCGCAGACGGGAAACAGGCGAAGGUAUCCAAGCUGGCAAAGAAUGAGGUGCUAAUGGUUAACAUUGGCUCGACGGCUACGGGUGCGAAGGUGAUGGGCGUCAAGGCUGAUGCCGCCAAAUUGAGCUUAACGAGUCCUGCAUGCACCGAGGUUGGGGAGAAAAUUGCGCUGAGUCGACGGAUUGAUAAGCAUUGGCGUUUGAUUGGGUGGGCGAAUAUUGUAGCUGGAAACACGCUUGAACCAAUCAUUGACUGAGAGUUGAUCUCUUCUCGUCAUUUCACUUCCCUCUCGAUCCCCGGCCCCCUAGUCUAUCUCAUCAUGUCCAACCAGCGACCGCUACACCUUGAUAUGGUCAUACAAAAACGCGAGGGAAAAUCCGGGGCUCUAAUUUCGCUAGGGGCAGAAGAGGUUAUCCAAAAAAAAAUAAUGUGGCUGGUACAGAGAGAAGAAAAGGCAGAUCAAUUAAUUCAAGUGGGUAGGGAAAUGUGAAGGAGAGGGAUAAGAAGAAGGAGAAUAUGCGAAAAAUGAACAAUUCUUAAGGAUCUUACUACCAAGGCAUUGAAAUGAAAAAUAAGAAUAACUAGUGGGAUAUAUAGAAAAAAGCAAAAGAAACAAACGAAACUGAUACCAAUUCUCUGUAAC